AUGCCGCUCAACACCCUACCAUACCAUGUUUCAUCCCAAUUUCCCAAGCCGUUCGAGAAGAACUCCCGGCGGCACCUCCUUCAAAUUGACUUGGAGAUCAGGAUACGCAACAUGAUGAAGUUACUUCCGAAUAGCCCUGGUGUUCUCCCUCCGCCAAGCACUACUAUUCGUAACGCUUGGAAUCCUGAGCCCAACAAGAAAGUCAGCACGAAACUCAUCUUGCCGCAGGCGCGCGGGGAUGUUAUGUUCCUUCGCACGCCACCAACCACAAUGGACGCUUCUUUCAGUGUCGGCAAUGAUACUUCAUCUCUUAUACGUGAGACAUGCACUCCUACUUCGCACACAUGCAACACAAACGGUGUUUCCUCGAGCAAGGUUGCUGGACGUUAUCAGCACAAGACAAAUGAAAAGUUCUCACUCAAAACCAACAUUCCUGAGCAAAGAUUGCCUCCGAGCGACCAGCACCCUGCACGCCUCGCAGACACCGAAAACAAUUGUGUCACGCAACCUGGCAAAUCCUCGAUCUAUGCGAAAGGGUUCAGAAAAAUUGUCGAAGCCAAAAUGGAAGAACUCCGAGUUCAUGGAUUGGAUUUCGUUGUCGAAAGUCUGCUGACCGACGGAGUGCAGAAUGUUGACUCAGCGCUGCUUGUUUCUAUGGUAGUGCAAACGAUGUUAAUCAAACUGACGAAGGAAUCGCCGAAACAGAUAAAAGGUCUCGAGAGGAUCUUACGCGUGCGCGCUAUGAACAUGUUUCGCCUACACUGGAGAUCAGACGGCAACUGGAAGAACAUAUGCUCCACAUCUGGUCAAUACUCUGCCCUCACCCUGACGGGCGUAAACAAAGCUGGCCUUCUUGGAUCACUCUUCUCUGCUAAUAUCGUCACAGCUGAAGACAUCGCCAUUUGCUUGUUCGUGCUAUUAGAAGACAUACACUUUGACCGUCUGUGCGCCAUACACGCCCUCCUCUUAUACGCAGACAACAGAUUGUGCGAUCCACAAAAUCUGCCAGUAUUACUCAAGCUCAAAGAAAAGUUGCGCGUCGUCGAUCCGUUAACUAACUUGUGUCUGUGGGGUCCCGUGCCACAUUCCCAAGCCCUCGUCCAGAAAAUCUUUGAUAUCAUUGAAGGCUGGAUGGUUGACAUUGUUCGGGCAUACAAGCGCGAACAAGGUCGUGUUUUUGCGGGAUCAUGCCAACUUGGACGCCUCCUUCGGAGGCCAGUGUAG